AAAAUCUUUUAUAAACUCAAGGAACCGGCGAGUAGUCAAAAUUCUUGAACUCGUUCGCACGCACAUACGCAAGGAAUCGUCGGCAUCGAAGUAAAGAAGACCACGAACAACCGCCCGCCUCCAUGGAUCUUCAUCCUCACUUCCUCCACCAUUCCUCCAGGUAUGCUCCUCUUUCCCAUCCUCAUCCUCCUCUUCCUCCUCCUCCUGCUGCUUCUGCUUCCACUCCUCACCCUCAGUUCCCCGAAACCUCCAAUUUCCAUCCCCACCACCACAACCGCUACCUUUCUCAGCCUCAGCCUCUGCCACAGCCACCGCCGCCUCUACCUCAUAUUUCAACUCUCCCUCGUUCUUACCAGCAAUCCCUCCCUCCCCCCCCUCCUCCUCCUCCUCCUCCUCCAUCACAACACCACCACCCCCACCACCACAAACAAUACAACCCUAAUCAGCCCCAAUUCGCUUUCUCCUCCGCCACUUAUGCCCACCCAGUUCAGGAUUUCACCCAAGUUCGCCGAAUUGAUGACCGCCCUCGUCACCGGUUGCCAGAAUUAGACAGCACACACCCCGAUUUCUCUGACCCGUCUAGGGUUCUGCCCAAUACCCACCACCGCUCCACUGAGAAGCCUUACCACCCGCCUCUCGUUUUGGAUCGAAACGACGCACAUCAGCAUCAGCAUCAGCGCUUGUUUGAUCGGCUGGCCGAUCAGUUUAGGCAUGAUUCAGAGGGUAGUUCCAGGUUCAGAGUAGAAUACGAUGAUGGGUUUGAUCCAAACCACAGACAUGAAAACUUGGUUUGGGGUCGUGGCGAUGAAAAUUAUCAUCGCCGAGGUCAUGUUCUAUCUAAUUCUGAUACAUCUUCUCGUGAUUUUGGAUUUGUUUCUAAUUCAAGGGAUAUCGAACCAAACUCGGGUGUUUAUGAUUACCGAUUUGGCUCGGUUCAUGAUAAUGAGGCAUAUAGGAGUGGUAGAAGUGAUGGAGGUCAUGAUAGACAAGCCUCCAGAGACGCAAGUGAUUUUUUGUAUGAGAUGGGAAGCAAUGAGAUUGGUGAAGGGGUUCACAUUGGUUCAACGAAGCAUGAAUAUUACGGUUUGGACGUUGCAAGAUAUAAUCAUAAUAGAGGGAGCAGGGAGGGUAGUCAUGAAUAUAAUCAUGAUCACACCCCGAGGAAACAAAUACAGAAGAAGAGUGCUUUUCUGAGAAUUCAGAUGGCCAAACCUAAUCACAGGAGUAGAGAGAGUGAGCGGUCACAUUAUUCUGGUUAUUUUGAUAAAACCAACUCUGGUUCCUUUAGAGGUAGAGAUCAAUAUAUGAAUUCGGGAUAUGGGAUGGAAGAAGAAGAAGAACAGGAGAGACAGGGAAGCCCUGUAGAGCUCGAUGUUUCUUUCAAAUCUAACUCACUGGUGGCCAAGGCAAUUGUGGCACCGUCUAGCUCAGCAGUUGUUUCUGAUGCAGAUUUGACCCCUAGAAAUGAAAAAACUAGGAAAGUCUCUGAUGGAGAUUGUUCAAAUUCCCGACUGAGUAAACUCAAUGUGGGCGCUGUCAAUAUGGAUAGCUCCACAGAUAUUGCUAAUAAGGCUUCCACUUCUAGAAAGGACUCGAAGCAGUUUGAAAAGAGAGUAAUGACUUCUGUUGUUGGGAGUGUUCAUGAUGGUAAUUCACAGCCUUGUUCCAGUGGAGCCAGUGUGUCACUAGGGAAGAGUGCAGUGGAAAGGUCUCCUAAGGGUCUGGUUUCGCAUAAAGAUGGUACUGUUGUUGGCUGUGGUAAAACAACUGCCCCAAGGUUGUAUGACUCCACUCACAGUCCAGCUGCUGCCUCUGGAUCUGAUAAAAAUGCAACACCUUUGGAACAGAUAAGAACUUCUGAAGGUAUGACUUCAAGGUCCAAUGUGUUUUUGCAGCCUUGUACAGAUAACGUAAAUGUUUUGCCUGAAAAUGACGUGCCAGAUAUAUCUUCAUUGUCCACAGUAUCAUAUGAUUGUGGAAUUAAUAUUGAUUCUAGUAGGAUAUGUGUACCUAGCAUCAAGAGAAAUUUGAACAAUUCAACUUCUCCUUUAGUUUCUUCAAGUCGUGAAGAGAAUAAAAUUGAAGAGAGUCCUGUAAAUGUGGAUACUUCAGUUCAGAGUUCACCAAGCAUCUCAAAUUCUGACAAUGAUUUAUGUAAGCCAUCAAAUGAAAUAAAUUUUUCUGGCGUUGGUAGUGUGGAAAAUGUCAGCAGGCAGUUUUAUCAUGAGGGACUCCCUUUAUUGUCUGAGAAAGGUCGAGAAAAAGAAUUUACUAAUGAAAAUGUUAAUUCUGCCUUUUUAAGUUCAGAGGAAAUCAAAAUUCAUGAGGAUAUAACUAAUUCGUGUAGUUCACCCCAUGGUACAGAUGGCAAAUUGGGUUUUGAAACUGAUAUGGUUAAGUCACAAGAGAAUAGUACAGUUUGUGAUAUUGGCAUCAAGGAUGCGAUUAAAAAAGAGCCCGGUACAAAUCAGUUCAACACAUCAUUUGUAAAUAGUACUGCAGAAGAAAUUCAUGAGGGACUGGUGGGAAGCAGUGCGAUACUUGGUUUGUCGAGUUCAGAAGAAAUUGAUAUAUGCCAGGGUCUUGUUUAUGCAGAAUGCUCCAACCAUGGCAGAGAUGCCACCAGGAAUUCAGACAAUGGUCAUGGUAGUUUAGAAGAGAAGAAGAAUAAUGUUUUCAACAGAGGGACCAUCAAUAAUGCUGGCAAGCAUCCAUCUCCAGGUGGGGCUACUGUGUCACAUGAGAAUUUUGGAGUAGAAGAAUCUUUAAAUGGCAUGGUUUUGGUCAGAGCUUGUGAGGGUAACACACUUAAGAUUAAGAAGAGGAGAAAUACAAGGACUCAGUUAGAUUUCUCAAAUUUGACUGACAUAAAUGUAGAGCCCGUUAAUGAUGUAGUUAGCCCUGAAACCCCAGCGAAUACAACCUUAAAUUUAUCUGUUAAGGGUUCAUGUCCCGCGGAAGUUGCAGUUUCAGAUGUUGGAAGUUUGGAUGUUGGCGUACUACCUGGUGCUGAUGGCAUCAGUGUGCUGCAUGCAAAAAGUUCAGUACCUGGGCUAUCUGAAGUUAAGUUCACAGUAAAAAAUGAUGUUCAUGGUUCUCUGACUGAGACUUCACCCAGAUACAAAAAGAAGAGAGGGGUUUCUGUCUCUAAUUCAGCAUUGUCUAGGCCAACUGUAUCUGAGAUCAAUGAGGGAUCCACAGCUAACACAACAAGAAGGGAAGUUGCAGUGUCUAGCAUAAACAAUAUUUGUAGUACUGGUUUCACUGUGUUGAUUGAGAACACUUCAGAGGUACGAUUUGCUGAGGCUGUGGGUGCAACAAGGGAUGUCUUAUCAGAUGAUCAUUUGAAACUUUUCAAUGUAGGUGUUGAAUCUUGUUCACAUGCUGGGGAUCCAAAUGCACGGUCCCCUUGUCCAUCAGGGUUUGGUAGUGAACAGAAAGAAAAUAGUGCUCCAUUUAAAGCCGACAACAUUAAUCAAAAUGACUUUAUGGAUAUAGACACUAGUGGUGGAGAAAAAAUGGAGGCACAUGAUGCACAAAAUAAAGUUCUGAUUCAUGGUGAGACGCCUCGGUGCAAAGUUACUUCUGAACCUCAGUCCCCAGACUUAUAUCAAAGACUUUCCAAUUCAGAUAUGGAAUCUGAUUAUCUUCUUGUGAAGGAUGAUUUACCUCCAGGGUCAAACUAUCUGGCUUUAUCUGAUGAUGGUGCUGGAGUUUCUUCAUCUAACACUAAUGAUGAAGUUAUGGAUGCUGUGUCUGGAACACUUCCAGAUAUAGGUCUUCCAGAAAUCUCGGCUGAAGUCCUGAGCAUACACAUGUUAAAUUGCAAAGCACCACCCGGCCAACUUUCCAAUGAGAAGGUAUGUGGGGAUGACCAAAAAUUUAAUCAGAAAACUGUUGUUGAAGUCAGUUCCAAUGCACCUGCUCAUACUUCAUUUCCACAGUCCACCAAGCUCAACCUUGCAACUGAUAUUGACCACUCAAUAAUGGGGAAGACAGUGCCAUCACCAUCGCAAGAUUCCAAACUUACAUCUCACAGUCUAAAUCUCACGAGUGUAGAAUUAAUGGGAAGCAAGACACAGCUGAUUCAUUCCCUUCCUAAGACUUUUCCAGGCCAUUCAUCAUUUUUUUCAAACAAUUCAAAGAAGACAGCCUCUUCUACCCAUAUUGGAAAGCCCCGAACUUGGCAUCGAACUGGUAAUCCUUCUGUUCCUCCUCUGUCAGGAAAUAAGCCUUUCUCAAAUACCUUUCCUCCCAGAAGGAAGUUGGUGGAAGAUAAUGGGAGGACUCUAAGUACUUCUUACAUUCGUAAAGGCAACAGUCUUGUCAGAAAACCUGCUCUAGUUGCUGCACAACACCAGGGUUCUCAUGGUUUGAGUUCAUCUGUAUAUCGGGCGAACUCUUCAGUUGCAGGUGAGUCGAGGAAGAGUACAGGGUCUGACGGUAGGUUUGAUGAUACUGACCCGCAGAACCUUCUGAGAACAGGAAUGCAUACUCCUAUUGAGAGGCCUGGGACACCUCCAUUACCCAAUGGCGCCAAAUUACCUACUCAAAAUGCUGUUUCUUCUGGGGAUAAAUCAUCUUCCUCACAGGUGGAGCAUCCUUAUCGUGUUUGCUGUGAAACUACAUCAGAUCCCAUGAAACUUACAGAAGCUAACAAUCUGACAAAGACCGCUGAAGAUUCUUUGAAGAUUUCUGAAAUUUCUGAAAAUCUUACUGGCACAUCAAACAACUUGGAAAGCCAAACUGAGCUAAGUGACGGGAAUGUGUCAUCUUUUAACACAAGGAGGGUAGUAUAUGUAAAGCGCAAAUCAAAUCAGCUGGUUGCAACCUCAAGCCCUUGUGAUCUGUCUGUACAAAAUGGCAGUAAAGUUCAAGCAGGCUCUGAGGGCUAUUACAAGAGGAGCAAAAACCAGCUUAUUAGGGCUUCUUUGGAAAAUCAGAUCAAGCAAUCAGUUGCCGUGUGUGAUGACCUUUUAAAUUCAGAAAGGCAACAGGCUCCUAAGGUUGUUUCUAGCCGAAAAUUUAGUAAGAGGCGACUGCAUAAGGUUGUGGCAAAGACAUGUAAACCUAUGAAAUCCUCUUUGGUGUGGACACUACGUGGCAUGCAGUCCUCUAAAGAUGAACGUGAUUCUUUGCAUCAUCAGAAGGUCUUGCCUCACCUCUUUCCCUGGAAAAGAGGAACAUACUGGAGGAAUUUCAUGCACGAUCAAAUUCCCAUUUCCAAUAAUAGUUCCUUAUCUACGAUCAGUAGGAAAUUGCUGCUCUUGAGAAGAAGGGAUACUGUUUAUACAAGGUCAAUCAAUGGAUUUUCACUUCGUAAAUUUAAGGUAUUAAGUGUUGGUGGGUCUAGUCUUAAAUGGUCAAAAUCCAUUGAGAAGAACUCAAAGAAAGCAAAUGAGGAAGCUACACUGGCAGUUGCUGCAGUUGAGAGGAAGAAAAGAGAACAGAAUGGCGCUGCACGCAGUAGUUCUCGGACAAAGAAUAGAAACCAUUCUUCCCGAGAACGGAUAUUCCGUAUUGGUUCAGUUCGCUACAAGAUGGAUCCCACAAAGCAGACGCUUCAGAGGAUAUCAGAUGAUGAGUGUACAGGUUCUACUGCUGCUCCAUCAGAAAAAAAUGCCAAGAAAUCUUACAUUCCAAGGAGAUUAGUGAUUGACAAUGAUGAGUAUGUCCGGAUUGGUAAUGGUAACCAGCUUAUUAGAGAUCCAAAGAAACGAACUCGCAAAUUGGCAAGUGAGAAAGUUAAAUGGAGUUUGCAUACUGCGAGACUUAGGUUAGCUAGAAAACGAAAGUACUGUCAGUUCUUUACGAGAUUUGGGAAAUGCAAUAAAGAUGAUGGGAAAUGUCCCUAUAUCCACGAUUCCUCCAAGAUUGCUGUCUGCACAAAGUUUCUGAAUGGUUUAUGUUCCAAUCCCAACUGCAAAUUGACUCAUAAGGUCAUUCCAGAAAGAAUGCCUGAUUGUUCUUACUUUUUACAAGGUUUAUGCAACAACAGAAGUUGUCCUUAUAGACACGUGAAUGUGAAUCCAAAGGCCUCUACUUGUGAAGGAUUUCUAAGGGGCUAUUGCGCUGAUGGCAACGAGUGUCGGAAGAAGCACAGCUAUGUCUGCCCCGUUUUUGAAGCAACAGGAACCUGUCCUCAAGGGUCCAAGUGCAAACUUCAUCACCCAAAAAACCGAAGUAAGGGAAAGAAAAGGAAACGGGUGGGAGCACAGAAGAAUGCUCGUGGGCGUUACUUUGGCUCUAUGCAUAUCAAAGCUUCAGAGCCUGGAACGACAGUUUUUGAAAAAAACUCCUCACAAAACAAUGAAGACAUUUUACUUGAAGGAAAAUUUGCUGAUUACAUCGGCCUCGAUGUCAGUGAUGAAGAAGUUGGUGAAAGUAAUGAUCCAGCAAGCGAGCAAACAUUUUGUGACAGUGAUUUGUCAGAUUUACAAUUUGAUGAUCUUGAUCAGCUAAUAAAACCAGUUCGUAUAAUGAAUAACAAAUUCAAAUUGGACGACUGAAGAAGUAUCUCCAGAAGGUGACUGCUAAGUGAAAGCAUGCAACAAACACCAUGGAGGAAUUGUGUGUUGUAAAUACCAUAAAACAAUUUUUCUUUUUCUUUUUCUUUUUGUUUUUUUUUGGAACUGACAGGUUCUUGUUUUCUGCCAUUGCAGAACAGUUUUGUAUGCUGCUCGGGCAUUUGCUCUGUUUGUACAUUUACAAAAGCUACUUACUGAAGCAAUAAAGCAUUUUAAUAUCAUAUCA